CUUUCAUACUGCAUUUCAAAAGUGUUUUGGCGUGUAAAUUUAUUGAUUUAUGCUACUUUUUAUAAAAUUAUAGUAGCCAUGUCAGAAACAGGACUACCAGAUUACCUCGCCAAGUUCCAGGCCGAGGACGAGGAGAGGGUGAUGAGCAUGUUCGAUGAAAGCGAGAAGGAGUUAGCCCUCCAAUUGUAUGAACCCUGCAAGAUCACGCCUGCGGAUCUGCAGCGAGAGUACAGCCCGGAGGAGGUGAGGGAGCUCUGUUUACGUACGAAAGUACGCGUCAACAUGAGGGACCUCAACUGCUUAUGGGACGCCAAGGAGCGGCUGGGUCCCCGCUUGGACAAUCGCUCGGAGAGCUACACCAAUCGGAUGCUCAUCAAGUCGGUGGUCAGGAAAAUGGUGGAACCGUACACUGACGAAGAAGUGGCCCAUUAUAAUCUCGUCAAGAGAAGCUGGCUGAAGAAGCGGAACAUUAUGCGACUGGAGUGUUGGAAGCGUGAACGUGAGUCCCAGUCCGAAUCUAUUUCUGUCCCGUCUCUGGUGGACAUUUCAUCGCAAUUUGACUCGGCGACGGAUAUGUUGCAACUGGACACUGAGCACCCUGAGCCGUUACCAGUCACCUUUGCUCAGCCAAUGCCUUUGUCUGUUGUCGAAGACACAGGAGAACAUGAUGUGCAGAACGUCACACAGUCAGGCGACUUGGAAAAUGUUUAUAUGAAGACUGAGCCGGAGUUGUGGGGCAUUGGGGAUGAGAGUGACACUGUGUCGUUGCCAUCAGAAAGUCAAAGUCAACAAAACAGUUCAGUUAUAAAUGUGCCCGAUAUGGAUUGGGUGCAGGCGGGCCUACAGAUAAACUCAGAGGCCUUGUCCUUGCAGCUGUUAAACAGCACGCAAUCGCAGCCAAUCUUAAGUGAGGAUUACAAUCAAUUUGGUACACAAGUGGCGGUUGCAUCAACACAGGAGGAUGCAUCAACACUAUUGGAUGUUUAAGAAUGUAUCUGUUGUUGCUCUGAGUGUGUGUGUGUCGUAUCAAAACUUUAUCAAAAACACUUGUCGAUUACAAUUUAUAGUAUAUUAAGAAACCUUAACUAACAAUACAAUUUGGUUUCGUCCUUCGAUUGAGCAACUAUCCUAAUGAAUCUAUUGAUUUCGUUCAAGUGGAUUCUUGAUGCUGUCGUGGCCACAAUGUUGGUGGAGUGAAAUGUUGUAGUGAAAAGAAAAUGUACUAGCUUAAUGUUAGAGCCAACAAGUUCGUAUAAAUAAGAAUCAAGUCAACCCAAUUGAUUUGCUGGGAAGGUAAUGCAAAUAAACCAUUUGUCACACGACCCAUUAAUAUAUGUCCCAAUGAAUAUUCAUUAAGAGCAGGGAAAAUACUUUAAGAUAUAUUUACAAUAUUAAGUGCCCAGAAUUGGGAAAAUAUUUGCACAUGUCACAGAUAGUGUAGUGUAGAGACACGCCUAGUGCUGUCUUUUGCAAUGAAUUAAACAUUGAAAUGUGGAAAAUCUGAGUGAUUAAACCAACCAAUAAAGGACACGCUUAAGAAAUAA